AUGCUAUCGCCUUACUCCAAGGCGCCAGAACGAGUAUGGCUGUAUGGUUGCUGCACCAGUCCUCUAUCCCAAGCAGGGGAGCAAGAUGAAGCCGCUGCUACUACGAUGGGUUCCAACCCCAAAAGCACAUCCGCGAAUUGCCGUCAAGGCUUUGCUGCCAUAACUUCAUCCUCUUUCUUCCCAAACACCCAGUUCACCAAUCAUGAAAAUCUCCCUUCUUUGCUAGAGUCAUUUGCCCAAUUCACCAAAGCAUAUCCCAAAUACAGUGAGACUUCCUCUGUUGACCAAAUACGUGCUCAACAAUAUUAUCAUCUUUCCCUUUCCAGCCAUGUCUGUUUGGAUUACAUCGGCAUUGGUCUUUUUUCCUACUCCCAAGUUCAAUCUCAGAUUCCACAAUCCCAAGUCCCAAUUGAAUCAUCUUCUUCCACAGUACCAGAGAGGUUUCCGGAUUCACCCUUUUUCAGUUUAUCAUGCAAAUCAGUGAACCUCAAGUCACAACUACUUGAUGGCGGGCCAGUAUCAGGUUUGGAAUCUGCCAUCAGGAACAGGAUCAUGGAAUUUCUCAAUAUUUCUCAGAAUGAUUACAGUAUGGUAUUCACAGCAAAUAAAUCAUCAGCUUUUAAACUGGUGGCAGAAGCGUACCCUUUUCAAUCAAGCCGAAAGCUACUUACAGUCUAUGACUAUGAUAGCGAGGCGCUGCAAACCAUGGUGAACACAUCAGAGAAAAGAGGAGCCAAGAUCAUGUCAGCUGAGUUCAAGUGGCCCAGGUUUAGAGUUCACUCCGUGAAACUCAGGAAAGCAAUUGCCAGGAAGAACAAAAAGAAGAAACCAAGGGGACUGUUUGUCAUACCCCUUCAAUCAAGAAUGACAGGAGCCAGUUACUCUUAUCAAUGGAUGAGCCUUGCGCAAGAAAAUGGCUGGCAUGUCUUGCUUGACUGCUGUGCAUUGGGUCCAAAGGACAUGGAUAGCCUAGGGCUCUCUCUCUUCCGCCCUGAUUUCCUCGUCUGCUCAUUCUAUAAGGUUAUUGGGGAAAAUCCUACUGGAUUCGGAUGCCUCUUUGUCAAGCGAUCAACAAUACAAAGUCUUGAAGCUUCAACAAAUGCUGGAAUAGUAAAUCUCAUGUCGGGAAAGAAACUUUCUCUGUUGGCAGAAGACUCGUCAGGUUCAAACACACCACUAGAAAGUAUACCCUCGUUAAAUGCGGAAGCAGUAGAGACGGACACAUGCGCUCAGCAAACAAAAUGUGAAAAGCCAAGGAGCACUGAUAGGUUUUUGAAGCAAGGCAUGACCAGUACCUCAGAAGCGGGAGUACUGGAAUAUUCUGGAGAAUCAGAGUCAGACGGUGCUACUGGCUUACAUCAUAACACAAGUGCAGAACAGUCUAGCAAGGAAGAUGCGAUGAUAGAAUGUAGGUGUUUGGAUCACAUUGAUUCGCUGGGACUAAUGCUGAUUAGUAACAGAAGAAGAUACCUGAUUAAUUGGUUAGUUAGUGCAUUGGUGAAGCUUCAGCAUCCGAACAGGUUGGAUCACUUUCCCCUGGUAAGAAUCUAUGGACCAAAGGUAAAAUUUGACCGUGGGCCUGCAUUAUCAUUCAACAUAUAUGAUUGGAAAGGAGAAAAGGUAGAGCCCUCUCUGGUACAGAAACUUGCAGAUCGGAAGAACAUUUCUCUUAGCACUGGGUUUUUACAAAAUAUUUUUUUCUCCGACAAGCACGAGCAGGAGAAGGAAAAAGUCUUAGAGAUAAAAAAAGGUAAAGAAACACAAAAGACCAAAAGCAAGAGCAAAAAAACUGACCAAGGAAUAACAGUAGUUACCAUUGCACUCAGUUUCCUGGCCAAUUUUGAAGACGUAUACAAGUUGUGGGCUUUCAUUGCCCAGUUCCUGGAUGCUGACUUUGUCGAAAAAGAGCGAUGGAGAUAUACUGCUCUUGAUCAAAAGACAGUUGAAGUGUAA